AUGGCCAAACCCACGUUAGAGGGUCUCCCGACGGAGCUGUUGAUCCUCAUCUUGUCUGAGAUACCCGACAGAUCUUCGUUGAAGUCCAUCGCGCUUUCAUCGCCCACUGUCUAUCGGGUAUACCUUAAAGCACGACCUGAGCUCCUCCGCCGUAUGAUAACAAACCUCUUUGGUCCCUUGCUAGGAGAAGCGAUUCUGGCCAUACGAUCUCGUGGUCUUCUCUUCGCGAACCACAAGGAAAAAGCGAUCGCCUUGCUCGAUACUUGGCGACGCAAAGACGAAAUCAAACAAAGAACUUCAUCAAAUUUGAAACGCAUUGACGUCGUCGACAAUCUGCAAGAAACAUUCGACCUCUUCCGUUCCCAUAAACAGCUUGAAUUCUUCUUGGUUGACUAUGCGAAACAUGCACCACGUCCUCCAUGGAUCCCAGAGAAUGAAUGGGAGUCCUAUUUUAUUCCAAUGGAGUUUUCCCAUACCGAGAAAUAUCGCUUCCUCAGGGCAAUGUGUCGACUUCAAACCCAUGGUCACAUUUUCGGCCCGGCUGAAACAGUCCCCAAACCCGGAAUGCACCCACCUGAAGAAAAUGACUGGGAGUCCGCUGAUCCCAAAGAUCCCAAAGAUGACCACAUUGCUAAAAUGCGGGAGGCAUACCGGUUGUUUUUCGGGGCAAUGCCACCCUGGGAAUACUCAGAAAUAGGUUGUAUUUGGUCUUACCUACUCACCAAAUUCCCACCACUCUACGAUGGUAUUGCUGAGAGUAUGCGCGAGAUUGCGGAUAAUAGUCCAACUUUGCAACCUAGGCUCAAAAAAAGAUAUUUUGAAUUUAUACCGCCAGAUGUACAACCACCGAUGAGUUGCCGCGUGAGCUCGGCCGACCAGCUCGUCUCGAUGUUCUCACGUGGUGAAUGUUCCAACUCACUGGCUGAGCUCGGACCAGAUUUUAUUUAUCGCCUCAUUCAUGCUCCCUUUUUACCGCGGCGCGAUAUGAUCCUGAUCAACAUCGAGUCAAGACUUAUGACCUUUAUCGGUCUCGAUGUGCUCUACGCAUUUACGAUCCACCAAGAAGCCAUAGUACCUUUGAUCUCACCGGCAGACAAGUACUCUGUUGUGAACUAUGAAGAGUUGUGGUCAAGUCUCCCACCGUCAAGUCUCCCACCGACUGAAACACCGAACAAAGCAUGGAGAAAGGACCAUAUUACGCCAGAAUUCCCGGGUCAAACGUUCGAGGGCGCAGUUUGUAACAUGAGAUCCAUGCAGCAUUGGAACUGGGGGUACGCUAUAUGGGAUGAUGAGCGAUUAGAGGCAUGGAAGGCCCCACUCUUGUACGGAGAAUGA